AUGUCGAUAAAAAAUGAUCAACUAUUAGCAUUUGGUUCAAACGGACAUGGUCAACUUGGUAUUGGCACAAAUAUUGAUGUAAAUGUUCCAACAGAAUGUUUAUUUUCUUCAUUAAACCAAGUCAGAGACCUAAUUUUGAAUAAUGAGUUUCCACCUAUAAUUAUUAGCGGUGGAGGAAAUCAUUCCGCCUUUAUAACUCACGACGGGGAAUUAUGGAUAAGCGGAUUAAAUAGUGAUGGCCAAUGUGGCUCAUUAAACUCUAAUAUAGUCACAACUACCACCCAAAAGCAAAUUUCAUUAUCAACUAUCUAUAAUAAAGUAAUAUUAAAGGAUCCAGAAACCAAAAUGGAAAUUAAAUGGAAAUAUGUUGCAUGUGGAUGGGCUUUCACAGUUGCUAUUGCACAAAAACAUGGAUUAGUUUAUACGUUCGGGAAAGGAUUGCAUGGAGAGUUAGGAUGCGGCAAUUUGAUAAAAUCAUCAAACAAUCAAAUAUUACAAAUAGAAAAUUUGCAAGAAAUCAAAAAAGUUGAUUGUGGAUUGCGACAUUGUAUUGGAUUAACUAAUGAUGGAAUCUGUUUUGGGUGGGGAAGCAAUAAAUAUGGACAACUAGGGCCAUCACAAAAAGAUUCUGAGCAUUAUAAUGCAGAAGAAUUAAUGCAAGAAAAAUCAAAUAUAAAUGAAUUAUCAAAAAAAAUUAAGACGGCAAAAAAAGAUGAAAGUUACUUUAAACCAAUCAAAAUCUUAAUUGGAAUUGAAGAAAAAAUUGAAGAUAUUGCAUGCGGACAACAUCAUACACUUGUUUUAACCUGUACGGGACAAGUAUAUACAUUUGGACUCAAUAGGUAUGGUCAACUAGGAUAUGCUUCACCAUUAAAAAUUCCAAAUUGUAUGAUUCCGAAACAGGUAACAAAUCUUCCUAGCAAGGUUACUAAAAUAUCAUGUGGUUGGAAUACUUCUAUGGUUCUUUGUGAUGAUAAAGUUUUAAUGUGGGGUAGAAAUGAUCAUGGACAAUUAGGAAAAGUAAAUGCAGAAAUAAAUUAUCAAAAUGAAAAUAAAGAAAUUAAAGAAAAUGAAAGUGGCUAUAUUCAUAAUCCCGUUCCAUUAUAUUAUCUUCCACAAUAUGGUUUAUUUCCUAAAUCUUUGAAAAUUCAAGAUUGUGCUUGCGGAUCAGAACAUUCUUUGGUUAUAUCGGCAUCUAAUGAGUGUUUUUCUUGGGGAUGGAACGAACAUGGAAAUUGUGGCAUAGGUAAUAACAUUGAUCAAUGGACGCCG